AUGAUUCGGCGGUUAUGGUGUGUUCAGAGUCAGAGUGCGUCGUUCUCUUCCACUUCCACCACCAACAACAACAAGAAGAAGCCCGUUGUUCUCUUGGGAGCACCUCACGUCUCCACUAUUGUCCUUGACGCACUUCUCACUGCUUCUGCUUCUCCACAUUCUUCCUUCGAGGUUGCGGCUAUUGUGACUCAGCCAGCCGCUAGAAGAGACCGAGGGAAAAAGCUUACGCUCUCUCCCUUGGCUAAUUAUGCUCUUGACAGAGGCUUCUCUCAGAAUCUUAUUUUCACUCCUCAACGUGCCGGCGACGAUACCUUCUUGUCCGAUUUAAAAGCUUUGCAGCCACAGCUAUGCAUUACGGCAGCCUAUGGAAAUAUAUUACCUACCAAAUUUCUAGAUAUCCCUCUUUUUGGAACAGUUAACAUUCACCCUAGUCUUCUGCCAAUGUAUCGUGGUGCUGCUCCUGUUCAAAGAGCAUUGCAGGAUGGUGUUAAAGAAACUGGAGUGUCGUUAGCGUUCACUGUUCGUGCACUUGAUGCUGGACCUAUCAUUGCUACUGAAACAGUUCAAGUUGAUCAUCAUAUAAAGGCACCUGAUUUACUUGAACUCCUGUUUCAUAAAGGGUCUAAACUUCUGAUUCGGGAACUUCCGUCUAUAUUUGAUGGGUCAGCAAGAGUGAAGGCACAGCCCCAAGACGAUUCUAGACUACAUUGGCACCAAAGAUAG